AUGGUUGAGCUGAGACCGGGAUAUCGAGUCAAGCUGCAACUAUGGGACACGGCGGGACAGGAGAAAUUCAGGUCAAUUACCCGAUCCUACUACCGCAACUCUGUAGGGAUAAUGCUCGUCUUUGAUGUGACAAAUCGAGAGAGCUUUGAAAAUAUACAGGGAUGGCUGAAUGAAGCUCAAAACAAUGUGGGAGGGCCUUGUCCCGGGCAAUCAGUCUUUCAACUUGUGGGCCAUAAAGCUGACAUGGAAAAGGAUCGGCAGGUACAACAUGAAGAAGGUGAGUACUUCGCCAAGUACCACAAAAUGAAGUACAUCGAGACGUCGGCAAUCACGGGAGAUAAUGUCACAGAUUCGUUUAUGAUGAUGGCUCACGAGAUCCACGCCCGCUUGGAAGCCGGCUUUUUGAGAACAGCCGAUGGUUGGGAGGGGAUAAAAAGUGGGAUGAUGGGCACGAGGAGCAUUUAUUUAUCGGAGGAAGACCUUCGAGAAGAGGAACGACCCACUCAAAAUUGCUCUUGC